AUGGCAUCUACAGACAGCAGGACACUGACAAAGCAUGAGCAGCUCACGCUCGUUAUUUCCAGUAAAGAGAAGGAAUCUUCAGGUCCACGAUUCCAGCAGUUGGCAUAUAAAACCAGGCAUCACUAUGACUGCACACCAUCCGUGUGUUUUAAGAAAACAGAAGCGUUCAUAAAUUUUACAGAGGAGACACUUACAGCUGCUGCGCCUUCACACUGCUCCCAUCGUCUCCUCACACCACGCGGCAUCAGCUACUCCGGCGGUUCUCCUCUGACCCACCGGGAACGGCAGAACACACACGACCGACCAGGCUCCGCAUCGUUCCACAGGAGCGCCUCGCGCUCUCACCGCGUGCAGCCGGGCCCGGGGCCGCGAUGCUGCGGGGAAGGUCGCCGCGCGGGCGGCACGGCCGGGCUCGAGCGCGGCCGUCUCCGAACUAACCGUCGUUGGCGAGCGGGCAGCGCCAUGAGCGGGCAGCCCCCGCAGCGACCGCUCUACUUCCCUCAUUUCCACGACCGCCCCGAGCCCGACGGCGGCGGCCCGCGGAACGCCUUGGGGGCCGCGUGUAGGCCGCGGCAGCCCCCGCCUCCCGCCGGAGUUCCCCGCUGGCCCGCGGGGCUGGCGGCCACCCCCUACGAGCCGCUGCGCUUCUUCUGCCCCGCGGCGGCCGAGGAGCGCGCGGCGAAGCGGCCGGACGAGCUGACGCAGCUGGAGGAGGAGAUCUGCGAGCUGGGCAUCCGCAUGAAGGAGCUGGAGCUGCUCGCCCUCAUCGGCGAAGAUUUCGACGCGCAGCAGUAUAAACUUCUGGAGGCACUGAGAGAAGAAAAGAUAGAACGUGUGAAAGCAAGGCAGAAACCGAAGCAGCAGCCCCCAGUGUGAUGGAGAUGCUUCGUCUGGAUGCUCUGUACUAUGGCAUAUUUUAAUGGAUCUUCCGCAGUACCUUUCUACUUACUACAUGCUAUUCCUUUAUUACAUUAAAAGAAAAUUCGUU